AACAAUUUAAAUACGAUAUUGUUUCUUAUUGUUGACUGUUGGUUGUUGAUUGUUGAUAACCUAAAUUAAUUAUCGUCGCUUGAUAUAAACAAUUUACUCGUCUAGUCUAUAGAUGGCUCUGGGAAUCAAUUUCUCUCGAGGUUAAUCAACUUGAUUGUGUUAAUUAAAUGUUUACCAUUGAAGUAAUUGUCUUUAUCACUUGACAAUCCAAGUCUUUAAUAUGAAUAUAUUUGACAUUGAGUUUACCGAUUUAAAUUUAAAAAUGUUCAAUUAAACUGUGAUCUUUUUAACAAUCAAAUCAACUGGACAACAAUUCAACUAAUCAUCAUGAGCUCAGUAAAUCGGGUUAAUUGUGAAGACAAUGUAAUGAUCACAAUUCGGAAUCGUGAUAAGGAGUUUAAACUUGAUCGGGGUCGUUUAUGUUCAUCGAUACCUUAUUUUAGUAAAAUGUUUUCGGGUCAAUUUCUGGAAUCGACAACAUCUCAAGUUAAUCUGAACCUUUGUGAACGAAGCUUAGAAAUGAUCAUGAAUUAUAUUUCAAGCGAUUUCAUUUGUAUCGAUUUCACCAAUGUUAUCUCAUUGUACGCUACUUGUGAUUACUUAAUGAUGGACAAUUUGUUAGCUGAGUGUUACAACUUUUUCUAUGAAAAUUUUAACAUUGAACAUUUACCAGAGAUUUUCGAUACAAUCAAACCAACAUCUAAAUUGAUAACUUUCUCACAAUUAAAUAACUUCAUUUCUAGAAACUUCCUCAGAAUCAGUGAGAUGAAAGUUUUUCAACGUUUCUCAUUUGAAACUGUUAUGCAAAUUUUAAAACGCGAUCUAAAUAUUGACAAUGAAAUUCGAGUCUCCAACGCAAUCGAAACAUGGGUCCAAUAUGAUGAAGAAAAUCGUGUCAAGCAUUUACCCUCAUUGAUUAAAUUAGUUCGUUGGAAAUUAUUACCAGAAGAACAAUUCGAAUCAAUCAAAUCGAAACCUUUGUUCGAACCAUUUAAAUGUUCAAUCAACGAGAUGAGAAAAUCGAACCAAUACAAUCAACCUGAUGAAAGUCGAUUGGGUUCAAACUGUUUAGUUGUUGUUUUCGAAGUCGAUCCAAAAAAAAUUGGAAUCAAUGUUCAAAUCGAUCAGUCCCCUUGGAUUUUUAUCGGUACUUUUACAAUGGAUAAGAACCUUUCUCUUAACCUUAUUACCGAUGAAACCAUGAUCGAUAUUAUUUACGAUUCUGGACGAAAAGGACUUAGAAUCGAUUUGAUUGGGAGAAAGUUCAAUUACCACCAAAUGACCGGAACACCGACAUCUUAUUAUCGACAAUUGUAUCGAUACAUUUUAUCAGCUAAUGAACCUAAAUGCUUAAAACGUUAUCUUAUUCAAAUGAAAGGAGUCCCGAUCACAUAUGACGAAUCAUAUUUCAGUCGGUCAGUUGAUGGUCACAUUGAUCAAAAUUCAUCAUUUACUUCAAUCGGCUACCUGAGUUCCUAUGGUGUAAACAAUUCCUACAUUUAUAUACCUUGUAGUGACCUGAAAAAUUGGUCCAAUCGGAUUGAGAACGGAAAAAUUGAUGAUCGAGUUCAUGUCUCAAUGAUUGAUGAUAACUUUUACAUUAUAACCAAUGAACUUACAUUUUACCGUUAUAAUCAAGAGACAAACUCAUGCUUAACAUUAACAUCUUUCAAAGAUUGGACUCCAUCUUUUAAUGAUCUACAAUUAACUUCAGAUCAAUUGAAAAGAUCAAUCUUAUUACUUGAUCGAUCGUCAAAGCAAAUAUAUCGUCACAAUGAGUCAAACAAUGAAUGGACAAUUUUACAGAAAAUUGUAACUUCUCAUAAUUUGAUUACAUUAACUUCAAUUUUUAUUCAACAAUCAACUGUUUCUAAUUUGCUAGCAUCCAGACUCAAAUGAAUUUCAAUAAAAAGUCAACAAAUAAACUGACAAAAAAAGUAAAUAUUAACUUGAAACUUA